AUGAGUCGCAAUAAGAGGACAUAUCCGAAAGGGCAGUAUGCUGGAGCAAAAAGGCUGAAGGCACAUGCUAAAUUAUUGUCCCAGGGUGGAGAAGAACCAGAAGAGGAAUCAAUACUAAAAAGUAUUAAAAUUCAUCCACUCUUGAGAGGUACCAAUGGAGAUGGGGCUCGAUUGCCUGUUCCGUCUGAAUGGAAAAGCAAUCAAGAUGAAUCAAAACUAAAGAACCCGAUCAAGAAUAGUAAGUGGAGGUCAAGCAAAGGUUUCUUUAUUAAUCCAUAUAUCGAUCAGAAUGAUAUUUCUAAAGCUCCAGUUAGGCAGAAAAGAUUGAUGCAGGUGAAUGAAAAGGGAAAAUACGUACGAGAAGCGCAACUGCUUCGAGAGCAAUUGGAGCAAGAGCAGGAAGAGGAGGAAAGGCAAAAUAGGUUGAAAAGUCUACAUCUAAUACCGGAUGAGAAGCUUGGUGAACAGUAUUAUGCCCCCACAUUGCCGCCCAAUAUUGAAUGGUGGGACCAGGAGCUAAUGAGAAUCAAAAGCUAUGAUGGCCUCGGUGAUGAGAGUAAUGUGACUUAUAAGGACAUCAGUGAUGAAAAUAAUCCGAUUACGAUAUAUAUUCAGCAUCCUGUUCCAAUACCCGCACCGUGGGAGAAGAGUUUACCGCAACUAAAGCCAUUGUAUCUCACUAAGGAAGAGAAGAAAAGGUUGCGAAAGAAUGCCCGUACGGCAAGAAUUGAGGAGAAACGAGAUAGAGUCAAGUUAGGACUUGAUCCUGCACCUCCUCCCAAGGUGAAGUUGAAGAAUCUCAUGAAUGUACUAACGAACGAAACAAUUAAGAACCCGACCGAAGUCGAAAUGAAGAUUAAACAAGAGGUAGAGCAAAGACAGAUCGAGCACGAAAAAAUGAACAAGGAUAGGCAACUUACUAAAGAGCAGCGACGUGACAAGCUUCAGAAAGGGGUAGACAAAGAUCGACUGAAAAAAGGAUAUCACAGCUGUAUUUUUAGAGUGGGAAGACUCACAAAUCCUAAGCAUGUAUACAAAGUGGAUAUUAAUGCCAAGGAGUACGGACUUACUGGGUUGUGUCUGAAUUUAAAGGACGGAAUCAGCUUGGUAAUUGUGGAAGGAGGACAGAAAGCUGUAAAUAAGUAUAAGAAACUCAUGCUAAGACGAAUCAAGUGGCAAGAAAACGAGAGACCGAAUACCGAGAAAAAUAAUGAUUCAUUGCCAUUGGAAGACUUGAGUUCCAACGAUUGUCAGUUGGUCUGGGAAGGAGAGCUUCCCCUUCUCCAUUUUCGCAAGUGGAGUAUGUAUAAUUAUGAAACAGAGGACUCCAUCGUGGACAUUUUAGGAAGGUACAAGCUUGAAAACUACUGGAGGCAAGCAAAUGCCUAA